UCGGAUUUUUCACUUUGGCAGGUGCAUAAAUAACUAAAAGUAAAUAAUGAAUUAAAUCAGUUUGGAAAAUUUUGAGAUAAGCUGUUGGUGACUGAAUAGAGAGGAAAGGUUUGUUCCUGUAAUAACAAACAGGACCGCUAGGUGUCCCUGUUUAUUCCAUCCUCCAGUAUAAUAUCCUCUUUAUUGGUUUCCUCUGUCCUUGCCCUCUUCCUCUAUCCGGUUAUGGAGGUCUGCCAGAAAGACAUUUAAACAGAGCUGCGCUUAAAUUUACCAGAAACUUCGACUUUAAAAGACAAAACACUUAACUAUUAUAUCCCUAUAAGUCAAGAUGCCAGUAGCUGUUGGUCCCUACGGUCAGACCCAGCCGAGCUGCGUUGACCGGGUCAAAAUGGGCUUCAUGAUGGGGUUUGCUGUAGGCAUGGCUGCCGGUGCCAUGUUUGGCACCUUCUCCUGUCUAAGGAUCGGCAUGCGCGGCCGGGAGCUGAUGGGAGGAGUAGGAAAAACCAUGAUGCAGAGCGGGGGGACCUUUGGCACCUUCAUGGCCAUCGGUAUGGGCAUCCGCUGCUGAGGAAGAGCCAGCCCCAGCCCCCCCCACACCACACCACACCACUGUACAGCCCCGGGACCCUCCCAACGAGUUCAGCCACAGCUCUCUGCCCACGCUCCCGACCUGCAGUCUAGUUUUGUCAAUAAAAGAUCAAGUGUAUCAGAUGGACCUCCGUUUGGACGCGUUUUACUUUCUGCUGUUGCAUUCUGAGCUCCUCUCUACUCAAACAGCAGAUUUAUCCCAAAUCGCCUGCAUGCAAGGCAGAGGCUCCUCCCGCCUAUUUGUCAUAUAGCAGCCCCAUCCAGAGGCUGAAUUCAGCUGCUACCUUCAGGGUUUGACGGAAAACCAGCAGUUUAAAGUAGGUGAAGAGUAGUGAAAACCUUUGGUUAUUAAAGAGUUUCUGUGGAACAUUUACAUUUAAACCCGCCUUUUUUUUUAUUUUUAUGAGGCCUGAUCCUUUAAAGGGGACAUAUUAUGCAA